AUGGGUGCGAGUUCUUCCAAGUAUUGCUGUUGUUGGUGGCAUUCUAAUCUCAAACCCUCACCUCGUGAGCCUUGUGAAAAGGAAAAUGAGGAGAAAAAUUCAUGGCCGGGCUUUAGAGAGUUUAGUUGGGACGAGUUAAAAGCUGCAACAAAUGGGUUUUGUUCAGACAACAUAGUUUCAGAGCAUGGUGAGAAAGCUCCUAAUAUUGUUUACAAAGGUUUGCUUGAAGAUGAACGAUUGAUUGCUGUUAAGCGCUUCAAUAGAUCUGCUUGGCCUGAUUGUCGCCAAUUCCUGGAUGAGGCCAAGGCAGUGGGUAACCUGAGGAGUGAGCGGCUGGCGAAUCUGAUUGGCUGUUGCUUUGAAGGAGAAGAGAGACUGCUUGUAUCAGAAUUUAUGCCAAAUGAGACUCUGGCUAAGCAUUUAUUUCAUUGGGAAAAGCAACCGAUGAAAUGGGCAAUGAGGUUAAGGGUGGCAUUGUAUUUGGCCCAAGCUCUCGAUUAUUGCAACAGUAAAGGGCGAGCAUUGUAUCAUGAUCUUAAUGCAUACAGAGUCUUGUUUGAUCAGGAUGGUAACCCGAGGCUUUCUUGCUUUGGUCUGAUGAAGAACAGUCGAGAUGGCAAAAGUUACAGCACAAACUUAGCUUUCACGCCCCCGGAGUACUUGAGAACAGGAAGAGUGACUUCGGAAAGUGUAGUCUACAGCUUCGGGACCUUAUUGCUCGAUCUCUUGAGUGGCAAGCAUAUACCUCCGAGCCAUGCGCUCGAUUUAAUCAGGGGAAAGAACUUUCUAAUGCUCAUCGAUUCUUGCUUGGAGGGCCAUUUUUCGAACGAUGAUGGAACUGAAUUGGUUAGGUUAGCGACCCGUUGCUUGCAGUAUGAGGCCCGGGAAAGGCCCAACACCAAAUCGCUCGUCACAUCUCUCGUUUUUCUUCAGAAAGAAACCGAUGUCCCUUCUUAUGUUUUGCUCGGUGUUGAACAAGGAAAUGCAAACAGUACACAACCGAUACCUUUGACUCCCUUGGGAGAAGCUUGCUUGAGAAUGGAUCUUACUGCCAUACACGAGAUACUGGACAAAAAUGGAUACAAAGACGAUGAGGGAAUUGCCAACGAGCUAUCUUUUCAACUGUGGACAAAUCAGAUGCAGGAGACUUUGAAUUCCAAGAAGCAAGGAGAUUCUGCUUUUCGAGCCAAGGAUUUUACGACAGCCAUUGAUUGCUACACGCAGUUCAUCGAUGGUGGGACAAUGGUUUCGCCAACUGCUCAUGCUCGGCGUUGCUUGUGUUAUCUGAUGAGCGACAUGCCAAACAAGGCCUUAGAGGACGCCACACAAGCGCUUGUAAUCUCGCCCGAGUGGCCAACUGCUUUUCAUCUCCUGGCGGCUUGCCACUUCGCGCUCGGAAUGGAAAGUGAUGCUCAACAAGCACUCAGAGAGGCCACUGAUUUGGAAGCCAAAAGAAACAGAAAAUGA